AUAGAGAUAAAGAUUUUAAGAUCGGUAGCUAGACAAAUUUGCAUUUGUUAUUUUAAUUUGUAAAAUGAAGUCAAAUAGUUGGUGCGAUCUUAAUAUUAGUUGUGUUGCUUACAGUACAAGCUGUGGGUUUAGAAUAGGGUUUUGUUUGUCGUUUGAAAGGGAAAAGUCGCGACAACAGCGGACCGUGACUGAGUCGCUAUCGCGCGAUUUGGUGACGCACAAUUUGUGCGACUGAUCGUGAACUAAGGAACGAACGUCGCUUACCCGCAGGUUCAGAGACUUGCCCCGACCAUGGGGGACAUGAAGACCCCAGACUUUGAUGAUUUGCUGGCAGCCUUUGACAUUCCUGACAUUGAUGCCAAAGAGGCCAUCCAGUCAAGUCCAGAAGAGGAACGCGACGAGGCGGAGACUCAUGCAAAUGAGAGGGAAAGUGGGUCCCCAUCGAGCUUUUCCUGCUCUCCAGUCUCAGAUAGUGAACCGCCGAUGGUUAGCGUUAUUGUGAAGAACGCAGCGCAAGCGGAGUCGUUCGAAGAGCGUGACAGGGAUAAAACGGACAACUCUUCAAAUGGUGGUUCAGUUUCUCGGGUUCAAGUCAAGUUACCCAACUAUCUCACGUCAGAGCAUGGUCCCACAAUGCCUGCUGAUGGUAGCAUCGCCUCCCAGAUUGCCAGCGAUUUUGAGGGUUCUGUUCCUAGAGCUCAGGAAGCAACUAAUGCCAAGCCAUUGUCUCAUCAUUCAUCAUUGAGUCCUUCACUUAAUGAUUAUGAGAGUGAAAGCAAUAAAGGAGCUGAUCUUAGAGAGAAUGAUGUCAUGCACAGUUUGAAACCCCUCCUCUUUCCCCAGUCCCCAGACAGUGCUAGUCCCAUCUCCUCAGCCUGUCCCUCCCCCCAUCCAGUCAGCCCUCACCUUCCUCCUCAAUCCCUUCAAAAGGAAGAAACGUGUGUGCUUGGUAGUCCAUUGUCAUCUUCUUUACAACAAAAUGGUACUACCACAACUGGAAUUAAACAUAUUACACACUCUGAUGAAGAAGACUCUGAACCAGAUUUAGGAAGCCCACUGGUGAUCCAGGAGAGCCCAGAAUCUCAGAUGUCUACCCCUUUAAAAUUCAGACACAGAGCAAAACCACUAUUUGAUAGGUUUGAAAAUUCUGACACCAAUUCUUCUAUAAUGUCUACUUUUCCUCACCUAUCUUUUUCAAUGGGAAAGCCUAAGUCCCCUCUUGAAAAGCAGAGUGGAGCUAUACCCUCCACUUCUCCCAGCUCCACAGCACCUGAGCCACAAAGCCGCAAGGAUUGUCUUCCCCAUGUUACAGUUUCUGCCUCACUUAAAGAAGAGAAAUAUCCAGAGCAUGUAAUUGAUGAGAGAGACUCACCUGAGAGCCCACCUCCCAGUGAGACAGGUCUUUUAAUCCGUAACAGAAGCAUAAGCCCUGUCUUAGCUUCAACAUCGGCUGUAGUGGUGGGUCACAAUGACUUCCAUCAGGAGGAGCCCAUGGAAUGUGAACCGAGCAAAGAGGACAAACAGGACCCAAGUGAAAAGGUGGCUGGAGAUGGGGAAUGUGUAAAAGAGGAGAACAGUGGUAGCACUUCAUUUGAGGAAAGUGUGUCUACAAGCCCUGGAGAGAUAGUUCCAUCUCCACUCCGUCCCCUCAAAGUUAAAAUCAAGAUUCCCACAGGCAGUGUCACAAGAACCUUGACAGGGGUGGCUCCCAAAAGAAGUGCAAAAGCAGCUCUCAAGUCUGUGGAUAGUGUAAAAGCUUCACCAGAACAUCAUAACACAAAAUUCAAGAAGGAGAUAUUACAGCAAUCUCAGUUACCUGCUGUAGCAAAGCUCCAGGAUAUUUGUGCAGUUAAAGAGAAAGUUGGACUGGACACAAAACCUAAAGUUUCCCCAACGGCUGUCAGCAUCACAAAAACUGCAGCCUUGCCCCCUGUCUCCACUCCCAGAGUCACCCCAGGUGUGCUCAACCUGCGCAAUCUAGGCCAAAAAACUCUCAACAAUGGAACAACGCUUCCUGCAUCUUCACCUCCACCACUUCCUCAAAGUAUAAGCAGACCAGCUACCAUAGUCAACAGCACUGGCGCAAUCAUAUCUAGGAACCAGACCAACUUGGUAGAAGCUUUCAACAAAAUCCUCAACAACAAGAAUUUGCUGCCCAACUACAAACCUGAUUUAAGCUCAGCACUUCCUUCAGAGUGGGGCAUUGCUUUACCUGCCCAGGGUUACCGAUGUCUGGAGUGCGGAGAUUCCUUUGCCCUUGAGCAGAGUUUGGCACGACACUAUGACCGGCGCUCAUUGAGGAUCGAAGUAACUUGUAAUCACUGCGCCAAGCGGUUGGCUUUCUUCAACAAGUGCAGCCUGCUGCUGCACGCCAGAGAGCACAAGGAAAAAGGCCUGAUCAUGCAGUGUUCCCACCUGGUGAUGAAGCCUGUACCUGUGGAGCAGAUGAUUGGCCAGCAGGAAUUCACGCCAGUUGGUCAGGCCGCGCCAAACACAAGCCCCCGGCCACAUCAGGCAUCAAGCAACAAUAAGGCAGAGGCAGUUAAGUCCAUCAGUAGCAAAUGUCCAGAGUGUGAGGCUCAGUUCACCAGCAAGGAGGAGCUAACUGGGCAUCUCCAAGAAGUCAAACCAGCAAAUACCAAUCCAUGCGCAGAAUGUUCUCCUCCCAUGCUCCUGCCUAACGCCUGCAGUGCAGCAGCCCAUCAACGCAUCCACCAAGUCUGCGCCCCACAUGUCUGCCCAGAUUGCGGCGCAACAUUUAAGCAGUCGCAGUUUCAGAAACAUCUGAAUGAGACCUGUUUACACUUUUCACGUCGCAUCGGAUACAGAUGUUCCAGUUGCCUGGUGGUGUUUGGAGGGUUGAACUCUGUCAAGUCGCACAUCCAGCAAGCCCAUUGUGAUAUGUUCCACAAAUGUCCCAAUUGUCCUAUGGCUUUUAAAUCUGCCCCCAGCAUACAGAGCCACAUCACUGCCCAACAUCCAACUCUCACGGAAGGACAGACAAUAUUGAUAUACAAAUGUGUCAUGUGCGACACAGUUUUUACCCACAAGCCCCUCUUGUAUGCCCACUUUGACACUCAUUUAACCAACCAGAAGGUGCAUGUGUUUAAAUGCCCUGAAUGCACGAAACUGUUUUCUCAAAGGAAUUCUCUGUUGGACCAUUUCAAGACUCACAAGACUUCUGCGUUGAAAAAAGAGCAGCCUUCAUCUUUAGCUGCCUCCUCACGUUCACGGCCAUCAGUGAAAUCAGAGAGCUCAGACGGGGAGGGAUGCAUGGAUGACAGUAAAGCUGUGAUUGUAAAGACAGAGAGGAUGAAGACUCCCUCAGGGUGGAACUGUGCACCCUGUCAUGCCCGCUACACGGACAGAGAGGACUACAUUACCCAUAUGGCGAAACAGCAUGGCAAGAUUUUGAAGAAGUUUCCAUGUAACAAAUGUGAAAGCUCCUUCACCACCACCUCCAGCAUGAGACGUCACAUCAGAGACAAACACAAAAUUGUGAAUCGUAGCUUCCGGUGCCAGUUUUGCUCUGAGAGUAAGAAAAGCUUCAGCAGCAGAGCGAUGUUAGAGAAACAUGUCCAGCUGAGACACAGUAUGGAAACUGUGAGUCAGGACACACGGGGUGUUGGUGGUGAAGACGCAGACAGCUCCUCAGAACAGGACGGCAGUGUGAGAGCUCGUCAGAGACAAAAAGGAGCUGUGAAGAUGGAGCAGGAUGAGGAGUCCACAGAUGGGAUGAGCCCUGUGAAGAAGCUGCGAACUGCCUCGGCUCCUUACUCUCCUCCAGAAUCUGGGUUCCGCUGUGCCCCCUGCGGCUUCGCCACAGAGACGCAGUCCUCAUUCCUGGAGCACAUCAGUCAACACAGGCGCGGGGGGACAGAGGGCAGCAGCCUGCAGUGUCUAGAAUGCGGCGCUUGCUUCACGUCUACCUUUUCCCUGUCACGGCAUCGCUUCAUCACCCACAAGCUGAAAGAAACAUUCACAGACAACCAGCGGGCCCUCGGGGUAAACCCAGCAUCUUCCCCUGGCAGCAGCAAGGACCAUGACGAUAAGAAUUCUCUGGAUGAUUCUACACCAGCAUCGCCCUCUUUUCAAUCCUCCAUGGCACAGAUGAAGGAAGAGGAUGCGGACACACUGGUCUGUAAGGUGUGUGGUAAACAUUUUGAAAAGGCAACAGAUCUGAAUACGCACUUCAGAACGCACGGUAUGGCUUUCAUCAACGCACGGAAUGCUGGAAAAACUACCUAAAAGAGGAGCGUUGGUAGGUAAUAAAAUAGUUUAGCAAGUGCCUUUUAUUGUUGAUUUCUCAUUAAAAUGUGAGUUAGCACACCUAUGCACUAAUUCAACCAAAUAUCUUGGAUAGAGAAUGUGUGUAGAGAGAAAUCCAAACUAGAAUAAGAUAAAACAAUCAAAUGGUAUUUUCACUAGUUGAGAUGAGCCUCAGCUCUGAUGUUAAUGAGAGCUACAUCUCAGUAAAUGCACGGAUCAGUUCACAUCAUGUACUGUAGAGAACUACGCUAGUCUUCACAUUCUGCUGCAAUCAUGACCAUUCUGUCAGUGAAUGUUAACAGACAGCGCUAGAAUGUGUUUGUGUGCAUUUCAGCAGUUCACUCUAUUGAGGUUCUUGAAUCCCAGCCCAGAUCAGUACAUUUUCAAUCAUAUUUAUGUUUAGAAGGUCCUUACAAUGGUUUAGAUUAUGUCACCAUGGUUGAUCCUGUGUAUACUUUUAAUUUAUUAACAGCCAUUUUCAAGAAUAUACGCUAACAUGCUAGAUUUUUGCCAGCUUUUAAAAAGCCUUGCCUUUGGUGUGUUUGUGACAUAGGUAACAGAAAUAGUAACACAAAGAGAAGCAUUUGUAUUUAACAGACUGCACCUUCAUCAGUUGAAUUCACAUUUAUGAAAAUUAGCUUUGGCUGAACUUUGGAGUAUGUUUUGCACAAAACAAAGACUGCAGGCACAAGUGCAGUGACCAGUACAAAUGAAUGUUUUGUGAAUAAAUGAUUCUUGUUUAUUUUAUUGGAA